AAUACAAUAAACAAACCACGCUGUCAGUCAGUAACUAACUUACUGGUUUCAAAUAUUUAAAGUUUGUAUCAAAAGUUUAAUUAAAAUAAAUAAUGAACGUAAAAACGAAAUGGAGGUGUUACAAAACUUGUGCAGUGCCUUUUUGCAAGAGUACCACAAUCAGUACGCCGCACAAACUAUUCAUACAUGUUCCAAAGAAUCCGAACAUAAGAAGAAAUUGGUUAAUACUUGCUGGAAGACUCCCAACGGCAUUAUUAAGCUCCGUUUAUUUUUGUGAAGAUCACUUUAAUCUUGAAGAUGACAUGGAAAAUUACAUUGAGUAUACUACAAUGGGGGCUGUAUCAUCAGUAAAGAUGAGACCUGGUUGUCUACCAACUAAGUUUGCUUGCCAACAAGAAAUUAUUUUAACUGAUAACAUACCUAAUUCAAAAAGGAAGAAAUUCUCAUUUACAGCUGAAUCUGAACAAAUGAGAAUGGCUGCAUUAAUAAAAAUUGAAAAUGUAAAUAAGAAACGGAAAAGACUCAAAUCAAAUAAUGAAACUGAAGAUGCACUCUUUGAACAAAAAAUUGAAAAAAUCGACAAAUCUGUCCAGGUCAAAUUUACUGUCAAAUGUAGUACUAAAAGUACACAAACUGAGAACUGAUAUUGUACUAAGCAAAUAGCUUUACUCUAAACUGUAAGGUAACUUUACCUAUUUCUUUAUAAUGAAAGGAUGAGAAAUAGAAGUGUAUAUGGCAGAGAAAGGGCAUAGGAAGGGGAAUAUCCUCUUUCUGUCUACUUCCAGUUAAAGAUAAGCAAUUGCAGAUGAACAGUUGUAACUGAUGUUUAUUAUUUGUGAUCUGAUAAUCUACAAACUGAAUUAAUCUAUGAGUGAUUUUGUAAGCAACGAAUCCAGUAAAUAUGGAAAUAAAAU